CUGUCUACCCGAGUACAAAGUUGAUUCCCCUCCUCUUUAUAGUCCCCUUUUAGAUAUUGGACACAGUAGUCGGACGGCAGCAUUCCAGUCACGUGAGCUGUCCCACCAUGUCUCCGUGACAGCAAUGAGAUCACAUCCCUGUAAGCACACACAGAUCUCUAGUUCUUCUAGAUCUUCUAGUUUAUUCCCCAGGCGGCGUGCAUUGCUAUACAGACACUGUAAGGAAGCAGAGGGUGCAGGUAUCUCCAGAGGGAUGCAAGAGGGCUUCAGCUGGGCUCUUGGCAACGUUGUCUUCUCUGAGGAGUCCUCACAAGAUCCUACUGGACAACUGGGAGGUUUUUCUCCACAGUUUACUAAAAAGACAGCAUUCCCAGGCCCUUCUCUGUCACAAGGAACUCCAUCCCCUUCCUCCGUCAAAUCUAGUUCAGUGCUCUGGUCAUCAAUCCCGCCAGCUUGCUCCCCAGAACACUUUUGCCCCAACUGCUCAGUCCUAUUCCGUCUCACGUCCGCACACUUGGUCUCUCAAAGGCAUGCUCAAGAUCACGGUACCCAAAACCUCGAUCCCGACACCAUCCCCUCAGGCAGCAAUUUGCCUCCUCUAUUCUCCUCCUUCCUUCUGGGACCCAGCCGCCAGUCAGGAGGACAGAGGGGUCUCCCAUCGCUGAGACAAUGCAGGCGCGGAAAGUGUCCGCCCCGGAGCGGAGUGCCUCACAAAAACAUGCCAUGUUUUGGGGCCAGCAAGGUUUCCGGGCAUGCUGUCUGGUUCCCGCCCCAGGGCACAUGGAUCUCUGUGAGGUAACACUCCUCGGUGAGAUGUCACAGUGGCUGUCUCUUAGGCCCCUGUGGCAGCGGUGGGAGCGGUGGCCCAGUAGCUUGUGGAAGCUGCAGGAGGAGGACCCAGAGAGAGCACUGUGUCUGUCUGGAGAUAUCCUGCCGUGAUGGAGCGGCUGAGAGCCCUUCGAGGUCUCUUUGCUUGUGUGGGCUGCAUGCCCAGACGUACGCGUCGCGGGAGCAGAGGCAGGGUGGCAAGCUCUGCCCCUGCCUGUCCCGUGACGUUGCUGCUGCAGCGCCUGCAAGACAGAGAGGGUGACCGAGCGCAGGCAUACUGCGAGCUGGAGAGCGCCCUGUGGGAAGAGGACAGCCGCCCACCGUGCGGGGUGGCAAACCGGCUGCUGGCAGAGGUGUCCCAGGACCUGACGGCGGCCCAGGGCGCGACGGACAACGUGAGGACAGCUGCCAGCAACGUCCUGGUGGCUCUGGCCCGCUCACACUUCAGCUUGGUGAUGGCCGAGCUCCAGGGCCACCUGAAGGCCGUGGCAGAGAUGUCCAAGCAGUUUGCGCUCGUCACCCUGAGCAAGCUGUUCAGCAGCUACGCUCCGCAGUGCGUCGCCUUCAUGUGGCUGACACUGGCCGGCCUGCGCUGUGUGGCCGGCCAGGUGAGGAGCGGCCACACCCUGCGCGUCGCUUGUGCUGUUAUGAAACAAUGGUCGGAAGGAGUCAAGGCUCACUUGUGCUCUGGAAAGCAAUGCCCCUGGCCUGCCACAGAGAAAGAGCAAAUCUGUGAGAAUCUUUACCAGCUCCUCUGCUCUGUGGUGAGGAACUGGCUGGGCUGCGAGGAGGAACAGGACAAACAGGCCGUCGUCGGGGCUGUGUCUGCCAUGAUGGAUCUCCUCCUGCAAGAGGAGCUGCGCCGGGAGCACAUCUGGGAGCAGCUCCUCUGCCUCGUGCACCAGUGUCAGGAGGUCCAGGACACCUCCAGGGUGACCAAGAGCCUCGAUAUCUUGGAGGGAGUUCAGUCUGUCAUCCCCAAGGACACGCUGCUGGCCAUCACCGGUGCCAUGUUCUGCGAGCUCUCUGAGGACACCAAACAGCACAGUGAGGCUGAGAGCACAAAGAUGACCCGCUGCAUCCUGCUGCAGGCCCGCAUCUGCCCGGAGGAAACGGUCCUGUUUCUGCAGUCGCAGCUGGGCGAUGAGAGGGAGGCCAGACGCGUGGCAGCCCUGGGUCUGCUCGGUGCUCUGGCUCGCUCGGAUGAGCCCGUGAUGGCAGAGAAGCUGCCCCAGGUUGCGGAGGCCGUGCAGUGCCUGUGCGGGGACCCCAGGACCCGGGUGAGGAGGGCCGUCCUGCUUUUCAUCAAGGAUCUGCUCAGCGCUGACGCCCGGAGCUGCUCAGCCUGGGAUGUGGUGGGGCACAUCUUCAGGGAGUUCAGCCGCGCCACGGGAAGAAGGGUGGACGGAGACCUUUCUGCCCAGGAAGCCCAGGAAGAAGGAGCUCUCCAAGAGCUGUGCGUGGACAUCCUGGGGUCACUGGAUGUAGCUGCGAGAGGGAUGACCAAGGUAAGUCACACUCUGCACGCCUGCCGGAGCCCUUCUGCAGGCAGCGAACUCCAAGCCGCUGCCUUGCUGCUCCUGCAAAACCUCCACAGCAAGAUCCACAGAGCUGUGGGGGCCAUGUGGGCUGCUGAGAUCCCCCGGCUGCUGCAGUGCCUCGAUGGGAAAGAUGAGAGCUUCCCGGGCUCUGCAGAGUGGGAGCAGCGUCUGCUAAAGUUCCUGAGGGUGUCUCUGGAGACCAUGGCGGACGAGGCCUGGACCAAGGCUCUGAGCUGUGAGCUGAGCCAGUGGCUGGGCAGCUCUCCCAGCAGCUCUGGAGAAAAGUCUUUCCUGUACAAGGCUCUUGGGACAGCACUGGGAGCUUGUAAGGAGGUCCUCCACAUCCAAGAGAAGCUGCUGAAACACCUGGAGGAAGCAAAUGCGGAGCAGCGAUCUGAGGCCCAGGGGAUGGUCUCUCUUCUCAGCCAUGCUGCCGAGAGCAACUUCCACCCAGUCUUGGACACGCUCACUAUGUUUGCGUCCAGGCUGUGCAAAGGCCGGCAUGCGAGGAUUUCCGCACGCAAGAAGGCGGAGCUGAACAGCCCAAGAGCUCAAGCCACACGCAGCGCCCUCAUACUCGCCCAUGGCAGCUUGGCGCUGCGUGCCUCCAAGGAGCAACUGCUCGCCCGCCUGGAGAGAGACAUUGUGGGCAACAUCCUGCUGCUCUACAGCUGCAGCUGCCGGGACUUGCAGAACAAACUUGCACUGCUGCAGAGCGCCAGCAACAUCUUCUCUGCCUUCCAAGCUGUGGGUGACUCCAGCUGGUUUAACCCCACCUUGCAGGCCAAGCUGCUGGAGGCCCUGAGGUGGCGUGCGGGGGAGAAGAAGAAGAGCGGUUUGUCCUCGAGACUGGAGCCGGUGGAAUAAUGAAAAGGACAGCUGAGCUAAAAAAUUUGUAUUAUUUAUUAAA